AUGAUCCCCCGCAAACCGAUGACAAGCUUCUACGAGGCCAUUCGAUGCUUCCUCGAGCACCCCCAUGACGAUACGGGAAGCGCUGACUUUGGUUUUCAAUUCAGCCUGUACGUCGAACCUCCUUUCGAAACAAGGAUUGGUGAUAAAAUCGGGGAUGACGGGUGGCGGCCGCACCCGCUAUGCUUGCACCCGCCAUCGACCGACAGUUCCAGAGCGUUGGUCAUUCGUAUCAUCAAGGGGGAAUCAGAGAUGGGCGGUGCUAAGGUGAAAAUAGAUCCUGCACGCCAACAACAAGCCAUAGAUAUGGUGGAAACCUUGAGCAGAGACUUGGACCUGGACCAUGUGUAUUGUUUGAAUUUAAUCAGGGCUGCAAGUGCUGAAGAUGUCCGCAAGUGGGUGGAGCAAAAGAUGGGAAGAAGAGGACGGCAAAGAAAAGGGACAGAAGGGGCAAAGGAAGGAAAUAUGCGAAGCGACAUGUACCGAUCGUCACUCGUAGGCUUGCAUGGUGUCCAGAGCAGCAUGAUAACGGAAUCCUCGCACCACGAUCUGGAGGCCACCGCCCGCUCCCUCUUUUUCAUCGAGAAACGCGCCGCCCUGAACGCCUUGCUGGAACUAGUCCAGGCCCGCAUCGGCAUGGGACUUAUGGAAGCGAAACAGCACGCGGUGAUGGUGGCGACGGACAGUCUUAUUGCCCAGGGACUGCCCUCGGUCCUGAUGGAGCGGAUAUCGAAGAUUACAAGGGACAUACGCUGCCGGGGGCGGUCGGCAGCGGAGACGGAAUUUGAAAUAGAGCGCCAGAAAGCAGCCGACUGCCUGUUUUUCCUCUUUUACCAGACGCAGAUACUACCCUCGGAGCUUCUCUCUCUCCCGGCCUUCCCCCAGGAGGGCGUCGCAGCCACAGGCCUCCCGACCCUUCCGUCCUCACUGCCUCCUGCGUCCCACCCCUCCCCGGUCACACUCAUCGGACUCGUUAAGCUGCUGACGGAGGAUAUGAAAGGCAGGUUCAGCGUGGUGGCGGUGGGUGAAGAACAGGAGAAGAGCAGGGAGGAACGGGCGGUGUUGAAGACCCUGUCGACCCUGCUGAUGACCCUUGUCACAUGUCUGAUGACGCUCGACGGGCUGGCCGCGCACCCGGACGCCCGAGCAGGCCAACAAGAACUGACAGAGAGGGGGAGGAUGGAGGGCGAACGCAAUGCCUUGUUGUUGUACUUGGAGGAGGAGGGGGGCUUGCGUGCGGCGACGGAGGCGAAACAGGCGUACGAGAAAGCGUACAGGACGGCCCAUGCCACGCAUCCCACGCUUCCUGCGGCGGUACGAGAAACAUUGAAAGAGAAGGAAAAAGCUUUCAAAGACACCCAGGCUCGAAUUUCCGAGACCCUGAGCGGGCUCCGAGGGGAGAUAGAGGGGGGGUGGGCGCAUGCCGGCAUCCACGCGGUCGUCCUCCUGGCCUGGGGGGCCUUCUUCCGGGACCAGGCGCUGUCGGAGCGCCUUGGCUAUGUCCAGGAUCCUCGCACGCUUCCAGAACUUCGGAAAGAAUUGCUCACGCAAGCGGUGGGCCAAGCUGUCUUCCCUUUCCUGGAACGAGGGAUGGUGGCCUGCUGGCGCCGCCCGGGGCAGGAAGACAUUCAGAUGUUUUUCCUCGACUGCGUGGGAGAGUUGGUAGGCGGCUAUUUGAGAGAGGGUCAAGGGAUCCUGGUGCGAAGGCUGGUGGAUUUUGCUCGGGGGGAGGCGGCCGGAGACGCCAUGGGAUACAGGAGAGCGGCCGUGGAAGGGUUGGUCUCCCUCGUGGUGCGACUGGGCGAGAGCCACCCGGCGGUGGGGGAGCGUCUACUGUGGACUCGAGCGGGGGGGCGGGACGGCGGUGAACUGGAGCCCGUGCAAUUCGUGAAGGACCUGUCGGAGUUGAUCAAGAACGAGACGCAGGCACCGUUGCGGAGCGCGUGGAUUCGUUUGGUGGGGGCCAUGACCGUUUCCUCCAACGAGGAGUGCAAGGCCGCCACCAUGGAUUUCCUCGUCGACUAUUCUCCCUUCCUUUCCCUCCAGACGCGCCAGAACCGGGACGUGCUUACAUACGUGCUGGAAGAUAGUCUCCAGCGGGCGCAGCAGAACCAACCCGUACACCGUGCUUCCCUCCUGGGUGUCCUCCUUCUGGUCGAACGCCUCACUUCGCCCACCCUCGCCCUCGACCCCGACCUGGCCUACGUCAGCCACCUCCUUCCCCUUCUCACCUCCCUGCUAAGUUUCCCUCUUGCUCCCGAGCUCAAAGGCGCGCUUCUACGGGCGCUAGCCCCCUUUGCGGCCCUCCCCGACGGCAUGGCGCGGCAGCUCUGGGAGCACAUAGAGAUGCUGGGCAUGGUGCCUCGGCAAGGGAAAAAAGAGGGGUUGCGGUUCGAGUUGGAAGACGUGGAAAGCAAAAUGGGGCUCUUCCCCAUCACCGAGGGAUUCUUGCUCUUGCUGGUCGCCUUGUUGCGGGCAGACAUGCCCUUUGAUCUGGGGGCGGCACGAGGCCGACAAGACGGAGUCUGGCCGUACGUGGAGUACCUGAUCGAAGACAUCCUCCUUCCCCUCCCUGCUCGGCAGUUCCUGUACCCCGCGCAAAAAUGGAAGAUUUUGAGUCUGGGACUGAGGGUGUUGAUCUUGGUCUUGGAGCGUUACCCCUUGGAGCCCGACGAGGAGCGGCUGCGGCUUUUGCACGUCGACAGCCGGCAACGUCGGGAGAUGCAUUGGCAGGCGCAACGGGACAUGGACCCGCAGGUCGGUCACAGCCCUUCGAUAGGUUUCCAUGUCUUGAUGCGCCUGCUGGGAAGCAGUACAGGGGCGGGGGGAGGGGUUCCCUCAGGCAAUGGAGGCCUGUUAGGCUUGGUCCUGGAUGUUGUCGCGGCAGCGGAUCUGAGUGCAGCCCCAAUGCCUGGAAGCUACAGCGGCAGCACGCCGUUGGGAGAACAGCCGCGGGUCGAUAUGAACGGCCUCCCUCUGAUUCAGUACCCGACCAAUACCACGGAAAGAAGCUCGGGAGACGCGUGCCCGCCGGGGCCGUGGCGGUUGGAGAAGCAGAACAGGUUGCGAGAGGCACAGGCGUGGGACGAAGCCGUGCUGGUGUUUGAUGACGAAGAGGGACUUAUGGGGAGGGGCGGGCGUGGGGACAGGAGAGGGGAGAGCAGGGAUGGGGGGGAAGGCACGAGUUGGAGGGCCGCAGGUCUGGGGGGAAAGGACGACGAAGUGUCCCGGGAGGAGGACGCGGUGUGCGUGGCGUUCGAGCUCUUGAACAACGUGCUCUGCAAGGAUGUGGAAUUCAAGCGACUCCACACCACCCUGGUCGAACACCCGUUUUUUGAGGGGGCCCAGGUGGCCACUUUGAACGAAAUCGUCGCGCGUGGAUAUGCCGACGGGGCGCUGGGGGUGGGGAUGGGCCGGGGCGCCGAGGGACGACGGGGGCGAAAAAUCGCCACCAUCUCCUCCUCCGCUUCCCCGUCCGCCUCCAUCCUUGCCCAAGGCCUCUUCCUUCCCCUCCUCGCCCAGUACUCCGCCUACGACGUUCAUCCCCCCCUCCGUCUUCAGGCCAGCCUCUGUCUCCGCACUCUGAUGGCCCGCGUCCCGCAGCCCCAGGACCUCCUCGACAUGUUCCGACCCCUGCCAGCCCUGGGUGCGCCGGGCACUGGGACCGGGAGGGAGGGAGGGGAGGAGGACGGGCACCGUCAGUGGGCGGUGGACGCGGUCUUGAAGUCCCUGUGCUACACGGGGGAGAUCCUGCCUAUGGAGGGCUCGGCGCUGGUGGAGCUCACCAACCUGCCGCGCGCCAUGACCCUGCUAUCCAAGCUGGGUGGUGCCCAAGCCUUGACUGGGGGCCAGGUGGACCGAUGGGUGCAUUUUGUCGUCCUGGACCUUCUGCUAAAGAAUCUCCUUCCCUAUCGUGCCACCGUCUCCCACCUCUUCCUCGGUUACCUGAUCGACGAGGGCACCGGCCCCCUCAGCCUCCCCGCCUCCUCCUCCUCCUUUCCCUCCGCGUCCGCCUCGCUGGACUUCGGACUCCAACGCAUCCUCCGCAACCUGUCUGCGCCCUUUUUUCACACGCUUGCCCCCUUGCUAGCGGAAGGAGCCUUCGAGCUCGUCUACCGCCUCUGCCAAUCGCCCAAAACCCGGCAAGCUACCCUCACCUACCUGCUGCAGGACGGCGUGGACUUUUUCCACCACCAGUUCCACCUCCUCACCCGCCGCCCCUUCCCGUCCCCGCCCGCGUCCCCUUCCCCUUCCUCCUUCCUCUCCCCCCUUCCUGGAGCUCGACGGCGGUCCUCCCUCCGCUCUCACCAGCUCGGAGAAGGAGCCCCAGAAUCCCUCGGUCGCUACCUGCAAGCGCAUCUCUCCUAUUCCUCUUCCCUCCAGAUGUGGGCAUGGUUCCUCAAGUCCAUGGCCCUCCUCCUCUUUCACGCCCAGCACCUUGGCACCCAUUCGCGUUCCCGUCGCCUGCUCUCCCUCCUCCUCUCCUCCCCUCCCCCCACCUGCUUGCCCGGAGGCCAGUCUGGAGAUGGGGACCAAGACUCCGAAGCCCAGACUUGCACGCUCACGUGGCUUUUGCAGCAGCUCCAGCUGGCUCACCAGGGCGAGGUGCCCCAGCCACCCACGGAAGAGAUGCGCGCUGUGGCCGAAAGGUGUUCCAUCCCCCUCCCAGGUCUGUCGGGGCAGGGGAGGGUGUUUCGCGGGAUUCAGGAAGACUUUUUUUUGCACGAGGUGCGGCUGGCCUUGGGCACUUCGCAGGUGGCAAUGGGACCAGGGACUGGGGAGGGGAUGGGAGAAAUGGGGAUGGAAAUGGGAGGAGCAGGCAUCGGUGCCAGCGCCGAGAAGGGCAGGAUCGGCGGGAUGAGGUCUCCGGCCGGCACGAAUAUCAUGGUGGGUGGGCCGCCGGAAGCUACCCUCCACAGUCUUCGGGUCGCCUCGGAUUACUGCUUGCGGUACAACCAUUUCUUGCUCCGACAGGCUGCGGAGUAUCACGUUUGUGUUGCCUGGAAACGGCUCGCGGAAGCCGUCGUGAGGGAAAGCCGCGAGAGCCCCUUGCUCCCCCACAUCCAGGGGCCACUCGCAUCGACACCCUCCUCUCCGCCGCAGGCAUUUAGCCUCCUCCUGACCCUUUUAUCGCAGGCCGUGAAUAAACUUGCCCAGCAUCCUCAGGGUGACGUGAAGGCGCUCGAGCAGAUCUCGACUGUCAUCCUGGUUAGCGUCGAUGCCGUAUGGAGAUACGCGAUGAACCGAACGGGCGGACUUUCCCUGACUGUCCUCUCCCUCGACGAGGGCCAACGGAUCCUCCAACUGCUGCUCCAAGCCUUGCUUUGCGCCCUCGGGGGCCAGGAGGGUGAACCGGGACGAUUGACGCAACAGAAACUGCGCGCGCAAGGGUAUUGCUCCAUUAUCUUAUACCUACGGGCCACUACAGUGUGGCCCCUGCCAGCUGCUGAGGCUUCCAUGGGGGGCGAAAGGUCGUCCGUGCCCAUGCUGACAGCGGGAGAGGGCGAUCGAGAUGCCUCGCGGUCCACGUCCUGGGACCCUACAGACAAGGGUCUUCGGGUGGCCCGACAGGACAAAAACGCGGAGGCGCUCACUGCCCCACGGUUUUUCCGCCCUUUGCUCCAAGUCUUGGCCGAGGAUGCUACGUUUACGCCCUCCCUGGGCAAAGCCCGGAGUCGUUACCAAGCCUGCGCCGCGUCCUGUCUGGGGUUGGUCUUGGAGACGUUGGUGAACUCCUCCGCCGCAUCCGCGUCCGCUAGCCAGGGGGUAUACCUGCCCUUGGGCGUGGCGCCCCAGAUAGGAAAAUAUGACUCGGCCAUUCGGGAGGCUGUGGAAUACCUCCCACGGCUUUUGGAAGGUCUCAACGCGCAAUAUUGCAUGGAAAGAGAAACAAGGCGAGGCAGCAGGGACCUUGUCUUCGAACCGGUGCUUCAGGGUGCCUAUGUGGGCGGGAAGGAGCUGUAUCCUCCUCCUGCACUGCCUUCGCCCGGUUGGGCCGUGCUGACCUCACGAAAGAUCCCGAUUGAAGGCAACGGCGGAUCAACUGGAAAGCCCGUGGGUGCAAGGAACACGGCGGACGGCUCAGGUGAUCUCUAUGAGGAGCGCCCCUGGGACGCUACCUUUCGCUUCUACCUAACGCUGCUGACACAAGCGGUUUCGGAUGCCCGGGGCGCACAAAUAUUACUGGAGCGUGGGGUGCUCGACUCAUUGAGUGGCAUGCGUUUCCUGGCCAUGCUCGAAGACGUGGAUGGCCCCAGUGUGGAGGGCAUGGGCCGGAGGAAAGAGGAAUUGCUCGACAAUCUAGGUAGUGUCCUCAGGCUGCUGCAGACUAUGAUGAGCAAGUUGCCCUUGCAUGUCGACCUGUGUCCCCAAGUGGAGAAAUUUCUUCGCCGGCACUCCCGCGUGCUCAUGCAGUUCAUGGAAGCGAGGCAGCAGGAUUUGGGCGGCUUGGAGGAACUGGGAGUAAUGGUCGGGCUCUUGGCGCAGACGGUGGGUGUCAAGGGCAGUGGAGUCUUGGGAUACGGAGCCCCACCGUCCCUGUCCUCGUCCCAGGACGAAUACCGACGUCUGAUCAACGAUCUAUUCGAACGCUUUGGUGUCGAGCUCCUCCCACCUUUGGCGGUGCGGUUCCACGUGCGCGCGCCUGCCCAAGGAUGGUGGGCUGUCGUGGAAGAUGUAGACGACCACGCCAUACCCUGCGAGCCACCGCAUGGAGCAAGCCCUCAAUAUUCCUGGCGCGUCUCCGACGCCUUCAAACUCCUUGUCAGUCAGGUCCUCCUAGUGCAUCUGACCACUUACAUGCGUCGCCGUCUACGGAAAUCCCGGUACCCCAACGUGCGGGUGGAAAUCGUCUUGGUCGCGCUGCGCAUGUCUCUCUCUCUCUUGGUUGCGCAAGGGAACGGGCCUUCUCCUCCUAUACCCUCCAUCAAGGACGUCUUUCGAGGGGGAUUUACCGCCGUGGCCGCCUCAGUGGCGCCCGUCGGGCAGCGAGUCCCCUGGGACUACGCGUACCUGCGGACCAGCCUGCGAUAUAUAUUCGAAAAUCUCGUGGACAUUCUCUACCAUCUUGUCUGCUACCGCGUGGAAUUGGACCCAGACUUCCCUCGGGAACAGGUGCACACCGAGUUACUCAAGGCCUUGCAGGGUCAGGAGGAGUGGCUAGAGAGGCAGACGGACGCUGCGGGUGGUAUGGGGUAUGGGAGCAAGUGGUCCCACUUGAAAAUGACUCUGGAUGCCAUUCAGGACAAGCUGAGGGUGUAG